UUUCAUGAUCUCGCUUUCCACUUCAACCCCCGCAUGGACUCUGUGGUCCUUAACAGCUGCAGGAAUGGGACAUGGGAGAGUGAAGAAUCGACCACAGGAGGCCCGUUUGUCAAAGGAGGAGCCUUUGAUAUAAUCAUGGUUAUUAAGCCAGAAGGCUAUGAGGUGAUAGUGAAUGGCCUGGGAUUCUGCACAUUCAAUCACCGUUUCCCACUCGACAAAGUGACUACACUUGACAUUCGGGGAGACGUCUUCAUGAACACAUUUGGCAUUAUUGAAGUGGAUGAUGUUAAGCUGAAAUUCACCGUUCCUGCAAAUAUUUGAGGAUUCAAAUCAUCCCCAAAAGCAUUGACAUCAUUCAAGAGAUUUUUUUUAUUCGAUUCUGCUCAAGUAUUUCAGAAUUACAACAGUUCAUGAGCAUGGUUUAUUUUUAUUAAUCAGUUAUUGUUUUUCCUCUUGAGCUUUCUUAGAUUUGAGAUAUUUGUUUAUUGUUAGAAAUUAAUGCUAUAUAUUCUUUACAACAGUUUGAUUGUAUCUUAAUGAUAGAAAAUGACUUGUGUUAGACUAUACA